AUGGGGGCGAGUGAAAGCAAGCCCGAGGGAGAGAACCUAGUCCUGCCCAACUCGCUGGCUUGUACGUUUUGUUUUAUCGCUAAACCCAGUGAGCCGUUUUUUGACUUUUGCAUUGGCAUUAAUGGAUUGCCACUCAGCGAUCUGGGCAUCAAUGUUUCUCAGGGCUCUACGGGACCUUCCAAUAAUACACAUGCCCGAUGGUCAAUGGUCGAGGCUCAUGAAGGCCGGACCAUUGUCUUGAAUGUCUGGAAUUCGAAACAACAGGAGUUUCGUGGUACGUAUACUUGA